AUGGGCGGCGCGGGCUUCAGCCACCAGCUCAAGCGCGACCCCGAGACGCUGCCCGUGGCGACGAUCAUCCGCCGGGCGUUCGACCUGGGCCUCCGGGCCAUCGACACCUCGCCUUACUACGAGCCGUCGGAAACGUUGUUGGGCGCCGCGCUGGCCGACCCGACCGUCGCGGAGGCGUAUCCGCGCGACCAGUACGUGUUGAUGACCAAAGUCGGCCGCAUCACGGCGGACAAAUUCGACUACUCGCCUUCCUGGGUGCGGCAGUCGGUUGAGCGGUCCCUGCAGCGCCUCCGCACAAGCUAUCUGGACGUGGUGUUCUGCCAUGACGUCGAGUUUGUCUCUGUCGACGCCGUGGUGACGGCCGUGGGUACGUUGUUCGAGCUGGUUGCCGAGGGUCAUAUCCGCCACGUUGGCGUCUCCGGGUAUCCGAUCGAGGUGCUGGUGGACAUUGCACGGCGGGUGCGCGCUGUCUACGGGCGCCCGCUGGACAUUGUGCAGAACUGGGCCCAGCUGACGCUGCAGAACAGUACGUUGGAGCAGGAAGGGUUCGCCCAGCUCCGCGAGCAAGGGGUCCGCAUCGUCUGCAGCUCGAGUCCGCUGGCCUCGGGGCUGCUGCGUGCCAACGGCGUCCCCCAGGGGAGUCUGGGCGAUUGGCACCCUGCCCCCGCCGGGUUACGGGCAGCGGCCAAGCAGGCUGCCGACUGGGUUGCUGGCCGGGGGGACUCCCUGGCGGCGCUGUCGCUGCGGUACGCCCUCAGUCGAGCCCACCGGGCCAGCGAGGGGAGCGACGAUUUCACCGUCCGCACCAUCUCGGGAGUCAGCUCGCUGGCGGAAGUCGAGCAGAACAUACUCGCUGCACGGGCAAUCCUCCGCACAUCCCACCCUGACGGUCUUUCGGCAGACGACGAGCUGGACGAGGAGGCCGAGCGGCGGGAUUUGCCCCUGUACGAAGAGGUGCGCCGGAUUCUGGGGCCGUGGAAACAGAAAUAA